AUUGCUUGGAACAAAAGAAAAGACCCAAAAAAAAAUACAAAGAAAUGAGCGAAGAUCAGGUAGAGAAACCUACAACUAAUGACGUAAAAGAAGAGGCCAAGAAGAUUCCGGCGACGCAGGGAGGCGUUGACGCGGCUGAUGACAAAGAUAAAGGUGUUGUCACCGAGGCCUCUGGUGGACAGGCGGAGGGAGAAGUAAACCAGAAAAAUGUGGUGGCAAAUCCUCCGGCAUCGGAAGGAACCAUUACGAUCGGAGAGGCUCUAGAGGCAGCGGUUCUCACGGCAGGGAAUAAGCCAGUGGAGUGGAGUGACGCAGCUGCCAUACAAGCUGCUGAGGUUAGAGCCACGGGACGGACCAACAUCAUGCCGGGCGGUGUUGCCGCUUCUGCUCAGUCAGCUGCCACUCUUAACGCUCGAGUUAACUCCGAUGAUGAAAAGACUACGCUUGCCGAUGUUCUCACUGGAGCAAGAGGUAAAUUACCGUCGGACAAACCAGCAACGAGGAAAGAUGCGGAGGGAGUGACAGGAGCAGAGAUGAGGAACGAUCCACAUCUCACUACUUACCCAACCGGAGUGGCUGCCUCUGUCGCUGCGGCUGCUCGGAUUAAUCAAUCCAAGUGAUACCAUUCUUCUUUCUCGGGACCUAUGUCAUAGUAUUGAGAAGCCAACUAAUAUAAACUAACUUAUAUAUGUGUAUAUAUAUUGAUGUACAUAAGAUUUUCAAGCUUUUUUUUUUCAUGUACCUAUUUGAAACAGAGGCCAGUUAAAUUAUAGUUCAAUGAAUAACCAAGAAUAUCAGAAUGAAUACAUACUACAUUAGUUAAAACAAACAUGGUAAAUAGGGAUCAAGUAAACGACCACCAGCAAGGUAGGAUUGGUCCAGACCGGUUUCAACGAUCAAACAGAACACUUUUGUCAGGACCAACAUAAAUUUUCGGAGAAUGGCGUACUGUAUCCUCAGUGGGAAGGAAUGAACAACAGUCCCAUGAGCACAGAGAGAUAAAACAGCACACAAUAAAUUAGCACAAGCUAAAACACAAAAAAAAAAUACAACCUAAG